UCUGAGAAUAUAACCUCAGUUACCCUUAAGGUCUAAACUUCUCAGUCACAGUUAGAUCAAAAGUUCAAAACCCUCUCUCUCUCUUUCUCUCUUCGAAGCUCUCGUAUUAAACUUAGCGAUGAAGAAGUUGUACCGGAAGGGGACGGUUCAUCCGUCACCGCCAAUCAUAUCCGACCACCUGGCCUUCCUCCCGGCAGCUAUCCUCACCCUCACGGUGGCUUUGACCCCGGAGGACAGAGAGGUCUUGGCCUACCUCAUCUCCUGCACCAACGGUGCCCUCAACUUCUCGUCCGGCCCAAGCCAAAGAAGACCCGCCCACCACAAGAACACUGUCGUCCCAGCUUCCAGCUCCGGGAAAGACCACCCGCCACAGUUUAACUGCGACUGUUUCAGGUGCUACACGAGUUACUGGGUGCGGUGGGGAUUGUCUCCGAAUCGCCAACUCAUUCACGAAAUCAUUGACGCGUUUGAGGACCAGUUGUUGGCAAAGACCAAAGGAGGGAAGACUAGUAAGAAAGAGAGGAGGAACAAGAGAGGUAAUAGUACUACGACUGCUCGUGGCAGUGGUCAUGGUUCGGUUACUGAGUUGAAGGGGUCCGAGUUGAGUUCAAGGUCAUCAAAGGAAGACUUGUGUGCCUCGGAAUCGGUCCAAGUGUUGUGCAGUCGUCGUGAUGAUCACGGUCACAGUCACGUUGAAGGUGAGGAUAAUGAUCAGGAAGAGUCAAUGGCAUCAGAGAAAGGCUCUGUGAGAAGGUUUGUCAGUUUCAUCGGGGAGAGGAUUUGGGGUGUUUGGGGCUAGAGUUAUUAAAUAUAAUUUUCUAAAAUUGAAAAGAACAAGAAAAAAAACAGUAUGAAAACUCAAUGAAGAGAGGUAUGGGCUUAUAAUUUAGUAACUUUUUUUUUGUUUUUUUUUCCUUAAUUUCUUUCUUGAUCAUCAACAAGGAGUUUUUUUUCUUCUUUUUUUUGGCCCGAUUGUAAAUUACCCUCAUGUAAAAAUUGGGUUUUUUUUUCUUUUUUAAAUUUUGAAUGGUUACAAAGCUAAUGUUUAGUUCUCUUUUUGAAUA